GAUCAGCUAACUAUUGGGCCAGUCUUCCAACAGCUUGGUGUAUUUGUUUAAGUUGCUUUAUGUUCUCAAAGAUGGAUGUAUUUUGUUUAAGGUGCCUUCUGUGUAUAUUACUCUGUACUGAGAACCGGACCCUCAAAUUUAUAGUGUUAUUUCUGGCUCGGAAGUGUUGCUUUUGGACACAUUUGACAGCACUGAAAUGAAUUGCAGGUACGUGUAUAAGGACUACAAAUGCUUGGAGUUGGCCUGUAACUCUCAGGAGGAGUUGGACAGCUGGAAGGCUUCUCUGCUCCGCGCCGCAGUUUACCCUGAGAACCUGACCGUGGAUGGACAGGAAAACGAAGAUUGUGAAAGCCUCACAGAUCCUCACCUGCAGCGUCAGGUGGAAACCAUCAGUAACCUGGUUGAGUCAUACAUGAACAUCAUUUACAAGACCAUCAGGGACCUCGUGCCAAAGACGAUUAUGCACUUUAUGGUCAACAGCUUGAAGGAGUUCAUGAGUUGUGAGCUCCUGGCUCAGCUCUACGCUCUGGGAGAACAUGCAGCACUGAUGGAUGAAUCACCAGAGCAGCAGCAGCAUCGGGAUGAAAUGCUGCACAAACACACUGCCCUGAAGGAGGCGCUCGCUGUUAUCGGGGAGAUCUCCGCCUCCAUCUGUGCCACCCUUCUGCCUCUGCCUAUCCACUCAUCUGGGAUGGAGUCAGGCAGGUACAAAAUUACACUUCGUAAUGUCCCGGGUGUCCACACAGUAACUAAACCCACAAUUGAUAGAGAUCAGGUGCAGGUUUGUCUGCUCCGCGCCACCCUGAUGCUGACAAUGUUUUAUCAGUGGAAGCAAGGCAGGAAAAUGUUAUAUAGCGCCACCACCAGCUCAUGGUUGAUAAUGAUCUACCCAGAGCAAUGAGGCGCACAACCACAACAAUGUGAG